AUGGAAAGGUGUCUGGUCGAUACGGGUGCCGCAGUGUCACUAAUCAACCAUCGGCGAGGUGAAAAGCUUCAGUCGUGCUGCACGAUCGUAAGAGCGGUUGGCGGUCAUUCAGUGGGAAUUGAUGGUAUAGCCGAACACACCCUAGGAAUCGGGGGACGAAAGCGAACACACUCCUUUCUCGUUUCACCAGAUGCGAAACAAACCAUAUUGGGAGAAGAUUUCCUGGAGCUCAAUAAAGCUGUCAUUGAUCUAAAGCGUGGGAAGUUGCUAAUGGAAUGCGGGUCACUACCACCCAUUAAUCGUGGAGAAAUGCGAUCUUCGCAGUCGGUCGUUGCUGUGUUACAUUUGAGCCCAUCAUUGCAGUCGCUGAUUAACAAAUACCAACCCUUGUUUACGGAUGACAGCAGCCAAUAUGGGUUUUGCGAUUGGAUCGAGCAUACCAUCCCGCUAACUCGCCAACCGUAUCGGCCCCAUGGACCUCGAAGGAUACCAAUCCACCUGGAGGCUGAGGUGAACAGGCAAAUGCAGGAAAUGCUGAACGCGGGCGUGAUUGAGGAGGCACAUAGCCCGUACAACUCUCCUGUGGUCUUAGUGAAGAAGCCGAAUGGGAAGUACCGAUUCUGUGUCGACUUCCGAAGACUGAAUGAAAUUUCCUUGACUAGCUUUGUUCCAGUUCCAUCAGUUGCUAACAUUUUUGCUCGGCUGCAGCAGUCGAGGAUAUUGACGGUCCUGGACUUGAGAUCAGGAUACUGGCAACUGGCAAUAAAACGAAGAUCGAGAGAAGACGGCGUUUACCGUUGGUGA